AUGUUCACCCUCGAGGGCGUCAAGGGGAAGACGAUCGAGGCGGUGAUGCAGGAGUGCGCCGACGCCGACAAGAAGGACGUCAAGGACAUGUUCCGCGGCAUGAAGGGCCAGUGCCGGAUGCCGACGCCCAUGGAGGUGGUGCGGAGCUUCGACAUGUUGCACAACCCCGAGGGCGUCCAGAAGCGCUGCUGGGACGUGCUCAUCGUCCUGCUCGUGCUCGCGGUGUGCAUCACGCUGCCCCUCAAGGUCACCGUCGAGUUCUGGCACCCGGACAAGGAGUACUACUGGUACUUCGAGAAACCCAUGGACGCCAUCUUCUGGGCCGACAUGGUCGUCAACUUCACCGCGAGCUUCGUCGACCACCACGGACACGUGUGCCACGACCGGCGCCACAUCGUCGAGCACUACGUUUACGGGAACCCCUUCAAGGACAACACGGGCUGGUUCUGGGUCGACCUGUUCGGCAACAUUCCCUUCGAGGAGUUCUGGACGGGAGCAGACAAGCGCCACCGGAAGACGGCCAAGGUCAUCAAGCUCGCGAAGCUCCCGAAGCUUUUGCGCAUCGGCAAGCUCAAGAAGUAUUUAGGCCACUACGUGAACUUCGCCAUGUUCAUCCAGCACACGUUCAUGACCCUCUUCUUCCUCCACUGCGUCGCGUGCUGGUACAUCGGGCUCUACUACAAGCACAUCACCUGCGAGAAGUACUACCCGGACGUCCCCGCGGGGAACCUCAACGUCGACUCGCACGGAAACCGCGCGUGGAAGCACAACUGGGACGACCACGCCUGGUACGACCACUACUGCUCGCCGGGCCACCGGCGCCUGGCGGGCGGCGGCUGCACGGACGACUCCGGCGGGUGCUACGACGACGACGGCCACCGGCGCCUCGCGGGCGACCCCGCGUGCUACGACGACCACGCCGACGACUACCACGCGGACGACUACCACGACGACCACGCGGACGACUACCACGCGGACGACGACCACCGCCGCCUGAGCGGGGGCAUCGAGGGCGACCCGAACUGCGUCGAGCUGAGCGUGGCCUACAUCGAGGCCAUCGGGAGCGUCGUGUCGAUGAUCGUCGGCGGCCUGCCGACCGUCGACGGCGUCAACUACAACGAGGUGAUGAUCACGGGCGGCGUCGGCGACUACUGGCUCCGCGUGCUCGCCGUCACGGUCGGCACGGUGCUCUUCUGGACCAUGCAGGCGGACCUCGUCGUCAUCCUGCUCAACAGCUCGAACGCGUACACGUCGCACCGUUCUCGCAUCGACCGCGCGUCGCACGAGCUCAACUACUUCGGCGUGCCCCACCACAUCACGGAGAAGGUCAAGAGCGCCAUGGAGUACCAGUGGCGCGCCAUGAUGCCGAGCCGGUGCACGGUCUUCAAGGACGAGUCGCUGAGCCCGCACCUCCGGCAGGAGAUCGUCAUGCACUUCCACGGCCGCGAGCUGAGGAACACGGCGCUCUUCGCGGGCUGCUCCAACGGCUGCGUCGCCGCGGCCGCGCUGAAGCUGAAUUCGAUCGUCGUGCGGUCCUUCGACUACAUCAUCCGCCAGGGCGAGGUCGGCCGCGAGCUCUUCCUGCUGUCGCGCGGCAAGGCGGCCGUGUCGUCGAACGACGUCGUCGUGGCCCUGGUCGAGGAGGGCAACUUCUUCGGCGAGACAGCUUUAGUGUCGAAGACGUCGCCCUACCGCACGGUCGACGUCGUCGCCCUCGUCUGGUGCGAGCUCCAGAUGCUCAGCCGCGACGACUUCCGCGAGCUCUGCCACGACUACCCGGCCGUGCUCGCGAACGCGGAGAUGAUGAUGACCAUGCUCGAGCAGGAGCCGGCCAUGUGCGACGUGCUCUGGUCCUACUACCUGCGCAAGAAGAACGACAUCCUCAUGGAGUCCAUCGCGGCCGCGCUCGGCACGGACGAAUUGGGCGCGAAGGCGCACGCGCACCACACGCCCGGCGGCUUCGAGCCGCCCAAGCCGGCCAAGGCCGGCGCCGUCGCGCCGGACUCGCCCCACGGCCACGGCGACACGGGCUUCAAGCAGAAGCAGCUCCAGGCCGUCGACGCGGCGACGUACAAGCAGAAGACGCAGGAGCUCUACGAGAACGUCAAGAACGGCACGCUCCGCGGCGCGGCGCUCAAGGAGAUGAUCGCCCAGAGCGGCGCGACCAAGUCCAAGACGGCGUCGACGCUCGACCCGACGCCCGAGCACGCGCCGCCCGCGGCCGCGGGCCCGCCGCCCGCGGGGGCCGUCGCGGGCUCGCUCGCCAACUCCAUGGACCACACGAUCCCCGAGACGUCCGCGACGACCGACGAGGAGCUCCAGGUCCUCCCGGCGAACGACGCGCAAUCCUACCCCCGCGACGUCGAGGACCUCCUCACCGAGGUCGUCGAGGAGGAGGGCAAGGACAGCGCCGAGACGAACGCGCGCGCGAGCCGCAUCCGGGCGUCCUUCCGCCAUAGCGGCUGCCUGUGA